CCUCUAAAAUUAAAUAGAGAGAGAGCAUAUAACCUUAACCCUCAAGAGCGAACCAGACAAGCAGAGCAAAUUUUCUUUAUAACCUGUAAAAAUGGCGUAGGCGAGUACUUGGAUGCUGUCGUUAAAGAUAAUCUUUAUUUCUACGGGUAUAUUUGGAAUAGCUUUGGGACUUAAAGUCUCUGUUCCAUUAGUUUUGGAAUUCUGUGUUUCUCAAGCUCCGUUAUGGUGGAGUACGUUUCGUUCUUGGCUCAAGCCUCCGUACCUUUACGUGAUCAUCAAUGGAAUCAUCAUCACAAUUGCAGCAUCGUCGCGGUUUAACAUAAACAACAGCGGGAAAGAUCAGACGGAGCAGAUACAACCGCAACCGAAGAUCUCGGUGGAUCAACGGCCAGUGGAGAAGUACAAUAAAAAGAGCGGCUGGGAAUACGAUGUAGUAGAAUCCAGUGUUUUCCUGUACAAGCAAAAUCAUAGAGGAAAAGAAGUGGAAACGAUGACUCUUGAGGUUGAGGAUGAGAACAAUGCGGCGGUUGAAGAUGACCGAAAUGGAGAUGACGAGUUUGUUAUGUCUAAGUCGGAGAGGAUUCCUCCAUCUAAAACGAAUUCUUCGGAGAUUCCAUUGCAUGCUCUGUUUCCACAGGAGAAACUUGCGCUUUCUUCUAGAUUCGGUCACCAGAAACAUGCCAAAGCCAAUCCUCAAGGUGGGCGAGCGUUGAGAGUGGCAAAGCAAAAACGGCAUGAGACGCUGGAGAACACGUGGAAGAUGAUAAUGGAAAAGAAAGCAAUGCCCCUGUCGAGACACUUGCAGAAAUCGGACACAUGGGAGAAUCAAGGCCGAAAUAUCAACAUGGAGGCAUCGGCCGACUCCACUGUGAUGAAGAAAUCAGAAAUGUUCAGGGACCGGACAUAUUAUGAGCUUCUACCUGUACAAGUAAGCUCUUCUCUGACUUCUGGAAAGCCGAGGAAAGAGCCGUCGCUGAGUCAGGAGGAGUUGAAUCGUCGAGCGGAAGCAUUUAUACAGAAAUUUAACGACGAGAUAAGGUUACAGAAACAAGAAUCACUUGAUCAAUAUAUGAAGAUGGUUAAUGGUGGAAGUUAGCUCCUAAAUUACCAUAGUUAUAUCAGAUUAGCUU